AUGUCUUCAGACAUCUUGGUGUUGGCUGCUCUGGGUAGACCUUUCACCUUAGGGGCGCUCUAUGAUGCUCGGCAAGAUAAACUGAUCCCAGGUUUCACAUUGUGGAAAGAUGAAGUUCUAAAAGAGAGCACAGUUGAUUGUCCUCAGCCCAGCAGUGCAUUUGAAAUCAUUGCAUCUGAUUCCAUUGAGGACAAGUCUUCUCUGCUGGAUGUUGAAGCUUCUUUGAAAGCCAGUUUCCUGGGUGGACUGAUAGAAGUUGGAGGAUCUGCCAAGUAUCUGAAUGAUACGAAGAAAUAUCAGAAUCAGAGUAGAGUGACACUUCAGUACAAAGCUACCACCAACUUCAAACAGUUGAUGACUAAUCUUGGAAGCAAACACGUAGAAUAUUCUGAAUUAUUUGAGAACAUCCAGGCAACACAUGUAGUGAUAGGGAUCCUUUAUGGUGCGAAUGCUUUCUUUGUCUUUGACAGUGACAAAGUAGAUUCUAGCAAUGUUCAGGAAAUCCAGGGCAGCAUGGAGGCUAUGAUAAAGAAGAUUCCCUCGGUUGAAAUUUCAGGGCGAGGUGCUGUCCAGCUAACCAGUGAAGAAAAUGCCAUAACCAACAACUUCUCCUGCAAAUUCCAUGGGGACAUUUUUCUUACAAGUAACCCUACAACUUUUCAGGAUGCAGUUCAAACUUACCAGCAACUUCCACAAAUGAUGGGAAAAGAGAAUGCUGUUCCAAUGACAGUAUGGCUCGUACCGCUGACAAAUUUUUAUUCUAAAGCACCUCAACUGGUUGCUGAUAGCAGCACUCCGAUACUUAGGAAGGCUCAAAGGACUCUGGAAGCCAUGAGGCAACUGGAAAUGAGAUGCAACGAUUCUCUGGAAGACAAAACAGUCAAUCUGUUUCCACAGAUUAAAAAGAAGCUGAGCAAUUUCCAAACCAUGUGCAAUGAUUACAUGUUAAACCUCCGACAGACUAUUGCAAAGAAACUUCUGUCCUUCCGGAGUGGAGAAGAAGAUGAGCGUUCAUUGCUGAAAGUUUUUGAAGACAACCUCAGAUCACCAUUCAACAUCAACAGCCUAAACAUGUGGAUGGAAUGUGAAGAAAGAGAGAUCAAUGUCAUUAGGUCCUGCAUGGAUAUUAUAGAGGGCGCAAAGCCCAAAAUUGUUUCUAGUAAGAAUGAGAUGAUCAUGGCGCUUCUUGAUUCGAAAGUACAGCAUGCUGUGUGCUUUGUAUUCACCUAUGUGGUAGACUAUGACCCUUACCUGAAGGGGUUAAAUGAGUUCUUGAAUUCACCUAAAAGAAUUGCAAAUCCUAAGAAACUCAGACCAUCAGCAAAAGACUACUGGUAUGCCUCAGACGACAUACCAGAGAUGAUGAGAGAAAAGGCCCACCUUUUCUGCCAACUUGCCAAAGACAUGGACAACCGCACUGUCCGUUUCCUUGUAGCAGCUAUAGAAAAUGUGAAGCAAGAAGGAGCAGGCAUCCACUAUUACAGGGAGAGCAUCCUGAUCAUUGAUGAAUUUACACGUCCUUUCAUGCCUUCUGUGGAGACCAUACAAGACAGAAGAGAGUUACUCUGGUAUGACUGUGAGCUCACCCUGGACCCAGACACAGCACAUCCGGUCCUGACUCUUUCUGAGGGCAACAAAAUGGCAGAGUCUGGAAAACAGCAGUCAUAUCCAGAUCAUCCAGAGAGGUUCGAAGUGUGUCAGCAGGUGCUGUGCAAAGAGGGGCUGAGUGGGCGCCAUUACUGGGAGGUAGAGUGGUCUGGUGUUGUUUUAGCAGGUGUCACAUAUAGAGGAAUCAAGAGGAAAACAGCAAUGUUCGAAGUUGUACUUGGACAUAAUGAAAGGUCCUGGAGUUUUGGUUAUAUACAACUUGCAUACUGUCACUUUCACAACACUGCAAAGGCAACUUUAGACGUGUCCUCUCCUGGCUUUAAACGUCUAGGAGUGUAUCUGGACUGGCCUGCCGGCACUCUGUCCUACUACAUGGUCACCUCUAACAGAGUGAGUCACCUCCACACCUUCCGCACCAAAUUCAAUGAGGCCGUUUAUCCGGGCUUCAUGGUUGGGUUUCAAGAACCAUGCCUCAUUGGUCAGGUUAAAUUACUUUAACAUG